AUGCACCCCGGGUCCCCUGCAGGCCCUGGGGUCUCUGAGCCUGGGCCCCGAGAGCUGUGUGCUUUUGUGAGCGGGGCUUCGGCACACAUGCUGCGGGCCCUGCAGCCCAGGCGUACCCGGCCCCCCAAGCGCAGGCCCAACCACCGGAGGUUUCUUCACAAUCAGAUCUGCAGGCAGUUUGCCAAGAUUGAAGCCGCCACCCAGCACCUGGCCCUGUCCAUUCUGUCUCAAAAGUCACCUGCCCAGAGACCACCACCCCGAAGGCCACCUCCUCCACCUCCAUCCCCCUUCCUGGGGGUGGCAUGUGCUGAGCCCCCCACAGAAGUGCCCCACAACAGCCCCAGCCUGAGCCUAGCUGCCCUGGACACCUCAACUGUUGACCUCUUUGAGGACAUUCUGCUUGCUCCUACAUGCCCCCUGGUGACCCCUGACCUCUUCUGCCAGACUUGCUCAGCUGUUACCCCCCAGGUGCCAUCUGACAUCAUCUCUCAUACUGUGGGCCCAGGAGACCAGACACAGCCAACCCCAAUAGAGGCUCCAAGUUUCUCCGAUCCUCUGCUCCCUCCCCAGAAUGCCCUUGGGGGACGCCUGGAGCCUGCAGCUCUAGGCUGGGGUUGGGUGGACAGUUGGGAGGCACCUUGCACUUGGGAUGCUCAGGGAAUCCUGGACAACUGGGGAACACUUUGA